AUCCCGGCAUUUGUCUGUUAGGAGGUGUCGUGAUUUUGUUGUGGCCAUUCAGCCAAAAAUACCACUUGGGCAUCGUACGCGCCAACUGCAUGCAAACUGCAGAGGAUGGGCACUUGUCAAGAGAGAUGCAUGCUGACUUUUUUUUGCUGCUGUAGACCCCCUGCUGAGGAUUCCUAUCCAACCAUCGACCCCAUCUGUUUCAUCAUCACGACAGGCUACGAGGCCCUCGGAUGACCCGGAAGGGAAAGAGGAUAUGCACGGGCGGACAUGACAGGGGAGCGUCAAGGGGAUUUACAACACCUUCGACGUAUGUGUGUUGGAGGCAAGAGGCAAAAAGAGUGCAAUUUACGGCGACACUGCAGCUGCAUGCUUACACCUUUUGGGCAGGCAGCCCUUGUUUCACAGUUCCGCCCCCUGCUACUUCCCUCGAGCCAGCGGGUGGUGGCAGCUGCAUCAGAGUGGGGGUGGGGUGCAGAGAGGAUGUAGAGACAUGCAGAACACAGCAUGUACAUGGACAGUGUCUUGUGGUCAUCCUCCCCAUCAAGAGGUCCCCUAUUCCCACCCCUCACACUUUGAAUCUCCGAAGAGAUACAAUAGUACCUGGCUGGCCAUUGUUUGCCUGCUAAUGAGCGCAAUUAAAGGGCACGGACUGCAGUGCUUUUUUGCCAAUGGCCAUGGUCCGAGGCGCUCGGGACUCAUUCCCCACAGCCAGAGCAUGCGCUGGCUAUUUUGAUUCAUGGAUUCUUUUUAUAGCGCCCUUUUAGAACUGACUCGUUGCCCCUCGGC